AUGGCGGUUUUAGUCGAAACCACACUUGGAGACCUCGUUAUUGAUUUGUUUGUUAAAGAGCGACCAAAAUGUUGCUUAAAUUUUUUGAAAUUGUGCAAAAUGAAAUACUACAAUUUGUGCCAGUUUCACAGCAUUGAGCAGAAUUAUGUUGCGCAGACUGGUGAUCCGACGGGCACCGGAAGAGGCGGAGAAUCGAUAUUCGCUUCAUUGUACGGCGAUCAGGCGAGGUUUUUCGAAAAAGAAGACUUGCCGAAGAUGAAACACACUAGAAUUGGAAUUGUCUCGUUUGUGAAUAAUGGCGAUAAUAUGCUUGGAUCUCAAUUCUACAUUACUCUCGGCGAAAACUUAGACUAUUUGGAUGAGCAGCAUACAAUAUUCGGACAAGUAACUGAAGGUCUCGAGACGAUUGAACGAUUGAAUGAGCAGCUAACUGAUCCGAAUAAUAAACCGUUUAAAGAUAUUAGAAUUUCGCACACAAUUGUUUUGGAUGAUCCAUUUGACGAUGAUAAAAGGCUGAAAUAUCCUAGCAGAUCUCCAUCUCCAACUUAUGAGAUGCUUGUUAAGACAGAUCAAAUCGCUCUUGACGAAAAAGAAAAUGAAGAUGAGGGAAAAACCGCUGAAGAGCUCGCCGAAGAGAUGAAGCUGCGAGAAAUGGCCGAACAGGCGCAAAUCCUUGAAAUGGUCGGAGAUUUGAAAGAUGCCGAUGAGGUUCCACCUGAGAAUGUUCUGUUCGUUUGUAAGCUGAAUCCAGUUACAACUGAUGAAGAUCUUGAAAUCAUUUUCUCGCGAUUUGGAAAAAUUAAUAAUUGCGAGAUUAUACGUGAUCGACGAACGAAUGACUCGCUUCAAUAUGCGUUUAUCGAAUUUGAUAAUGCGAAAAGUUGCGAGCAAGCAUUUUUCAAAAUGGAUAAUGUGCUGAUUGAUGAUCGCCGAAUCCACGUGGAUUUCUCGCAAUCUGUUUCUCAAAAUUAUAAAUAUAAGCCAAAAGCUAAGAAUGGUGUGGUGAAGAAAGAGAUUAGAACGAAGGGAUUCGCGAUCUCCGAGACGACGACGAUCACCUUCGCCGAAAAAGGAACGACGAGAAUCACCGAGAAGAAGGCGUCGUGA